AGGUGGUCAACGGCAAAGGCAGCCACUACAACAUGAUGCAGGGCGAGCAAGCAGCGACACAGGCAGCAAUCGUACUCGAGUGGGCCAAGAGGUUGGGAGGAGUGGCCAAUGAGAUACUACCAUCCGCAGGAAUUGAGGCUGCAAAAAGCCAGAAGAUGCUGAUUAUGAGGCCUGGCAAAGCAGAGAGCGCCAAGAUCUACUUGAUACAUGGUCUUGACGGAGAUGCUAUGAGUGGCGGCAGCACCUUCACCAGCAUUGCGCAACGCCUGGCUCCAUGCAGGGUGGGUGCGCUGGUCUACGACCAGGAGGCUUUGGAAUGCAACUCCAUUCCUGAGCUUGCAGCUUGCUACAACCGACGGGUGGUUGAAGAUGCCAAGAGCCACAAUCCUGCUGGUGAAAGCCUCAUCAUUGUUGCAGGCUACUCCCAUGGUUGUGUCCUUGCUCAUCAGAUGGGGCAUCAGCUGCACAAGGCUGGCAUUUGGACCGCUGUGGUGAUGUUCGACUUGGAAGUAAUCUGGCCACCGCCUAGCAACGACUCACGCGUGGGCGGCUACGACUUCUUGGGUGGAGAGGCAGAGGCCACCUUGCUGAUUUCGCGUGCCUUCGGCAAGUUCGACUUUGCAAUCAAGGAGGCCAUCGAACUCACAGAGAUGAAAGCUCGCGGUCAAAGCAUUGAUGUGGACGCCUUGAUAGAGAGAGCCUAUGCUGCCUUGAACCAACGUGGGCUGUCCAUUAAUCUCCUGAAGAUGAUGGUGAAACGUGGUGGCGUCAACAUUGACAAGUUGCACAACAUCGGGAAUCCAUGGGAACCGUUGGAGAAAUACGAAGGUCCUGCUCUGCUGAUUCUAGCACCUGAUACGCCUGAGUUUCACAGUGCUGCUGAGAUCAAUGCUCAAUAUUGCACUCAAAUGGAGGUGGUCAACGGCAAAGGCAGCCACUACAACAUGAUGCAGGGCGAGCAAGCAGCGACACAGGCAGCAAUCGUACUCGAGUGGGCCAAGAGG